AUGAGAGCACAGCACAAACAGCACGAAGGGCAAGAGCACAUGUGCCAGGGAGUCCAGGGGGGUGGGGAGGUUGCAGCUGGAGCAGAAACCAGGGAAGACCUUACAGAGAUUUCCUGCAUGCAAGGCUUCCAAAAAAAGGCGACUGGUGUCCUCAAUGGGAUUGCAGAGCUUCCAGUAAUAUCUGCGGAUGGGGCCCCAAUCCAAAUAGGCAGGAACAAGCUAUACCGGGGGAAGAGACGCGUAAGAGAAAUUGCCCAGGUGAAGAACAUAAUCGGCGACCUCCCUCCUCCAGGAGGUCCGACAGCCCUUGAGGGUGUGACUUUUCUCGAUGACCUGGAGGGUGGGGGCAGCAUCAUCGACUGGGACGCCCUCCCUGCAUCUUGCGACCCACGGAGGUUCCUGCAGUCCAAAGAUCCGUCGACAAGUGGCCGCGCAAUGAGGAAGCGUUGGCAGGUGGAGAGCUUCUGCCUCUUGUUGCGUCGCCUGCUGUCGACACCGCAGCGACAGAAGGUGGUGGACUUUGGCUGUGGCACCGGCUGCCUGGUGGUCCCCCUGGCCCACCUCUUCCCCGCACACCAGUUCGUAGGCCUGGACAUGAAGGCCCAGGCGCUGAGGAUACUUGAGGAUAGGGCACUGGCGGCUGGAGUGCAGAACCUGAGCACAGUACUCUGCAUGGUUGAGCACUACGAUGAGCCUUUCGACGUGUCCCUUGCGCUGCAUGCCUGCGGCAACGCCACGGACCACGCGCUGCUCCAAGCCCAACGGCGGCGGGCGGCGUACAUUGUCAGUCCCUGCUGCGUAGGCAAAUUGAAGUUCUCGAUGGCGGGCGGCCCCUCGUUCCGCUCCCGCAGGACGAAGAGAGAGCGUGGGGUGGCUACCGUUUGUGAUGGGCAGGGGAAAGAUGCGGCGCAGCGCGAAGGCAGGGCGCAGAGGACGCCGCAGGUGCGACAUCCGCGCUCCCAGUGGAUGCGGACGGCGUUGAGGGAACCCGAGCAGCAGUUCAAACUCCUGGCCAAGAUCGGAGAUUUCGCCCUGUCCACCGCAUCGACCCCGACUGCGCUGGAGGAGGACGCGGAGACUGUCUCACGGCUUUGCAAGCUGCAUCUGGAGAUCGACCGGAAUGAAGCCGCCAAAGAGGUGGGCUACCGGGUUGGGCUCUUCAAGGCGAUCCACCACGACCGCAUGGCAAAGGGUGAUGUCUUGGCGGGUGUGCCAGAGGAGCGCAUUGAAUGGCAGGAGGUCUGGGCCCCGCUAUUCUGUCCACCAUCGCCACGGCCUUCGCACCUGGUCACCGCUGUGAUGUCUGAAAGCCACGUAGGGCCUCAAGACCCUGUGUGA